AACAAAACAAAACAAAAAAAAAAAAUGGCUCUCAAGGCAGUUCCUGUUUCUCAAGUUCCACAUAUUGAUCAAAUCCAUGAAAAUGUCACAUUUCCACUCUACAAUAAUAAUUCUACUCUUCUUUCCAAUGGGGAUGAUGAUAUUGAAGACAGGAGUACUAAGUUUGUGGUAAUGGGACAUAGAGGAAGUGGGACAAACAUGUUGCAAUUAUCUGGUGAUAAGAGAUCAAAAACAAUCAAAGAGAAUACUUUGCGUUCUUUCAAUGAAGCUGUUAAAUUCAACGUCGACUUCAUCGAAUUUGAUGUUCAGGUAACAAGUGAUGGCCAUCCAGUUAUUUUCCACGAUAUCUUCAUUUUUACACAGGAAGAGGGCACAUUGAUCGAAAAAAGAGUUACAGACCUCACUUUGGAGGAGUUCCUUUCAUAUGGACCUCAGAAUGCCUCAACAAACGUGGACAAACCUUUAUUCAGAAAAACGAAAGAUGGGAGAAUCUUUGAAUGGAAGGUUGAAGAGGACGAUCGAUUCUGUACGCUGCAAGAUGUGUUCGAGAAUGUCACUCAGUCCGUAGGAUUUAACAUUGAGUUUAAGUUUGAUGACAAGAGAAAUUAUAGAGAAGACGAACUUGUUCGUGUUAUUCAAGCAGCUUUGCAGGUAGUGUUCAAGCACGCUAAAGGUCGGUGCAUCACAUUCUCGAGCUUUCAACCAGAUGCAGCUCAAUUGAUCAGGAAGCAGCAGACCACCUAUCCGGUUUUCUUCCUAACGAAUGGAGGAUCUGAAAUUUAUUCCGACAUCAGAAGGAAUUCAUUGGACGAGGCAAUUAAGUUGUGCUUAGAAGGCGGCCUGCAAGGCAUUGUCUCAGAGGUCAAAGCAAUUUUAAUAAAUCCAAGAAUGAUAGCAAAAAUUAAAGAGUCCAAUCUUUCCCUUUUGACAUAUGGCCAGCUAAACAAUGAGCAGGAAGUGGUUUACUUGCAAUACAUGAUGGGUGUUGAGGGAGUGAUUGUAGAUUUUGUUGAAGAGAUUACUUCAGCUGUUUCUCAGUUUUCGAAAAUAGUUCAUGCAGGAAAAGAACAUUUGUUAUUGUUGGAAAAGAGGCUACUAGCGGAGGAACGAACUUCCUGCUCGGAGGAUGAUCUCUCAUAUUUCCGCAGGCUUGUGCCAGAGCUAAUACAUUCUUGAGCUGAGCCAGGAUUUCCACUUUACGGGUUCUGGAUUUUAGAAAGACAACUUCAAGUGAUAAUAAUUGGGUUCUAAAUUUAAUGUGGACACAUUUAAUGAAUUUCUUAACAUAAAUACAUUGUUUGAGCAAAAGCUACUAGGUUCAGUUGAACUUGUGGCUGGGCUUCUACCUUAGUUGCGAUUGUAUGCGUUUUCAGCUCUUAUUUAGGUUUGUAUAUCGGUUGUAUAUUUUCAUGUGUUAGGUUGUAUAAUCAAGUUUUGAAGAUGAAGGACAAUGUAUUAUGAGAAGGAUAUUUAACAAUGAAAUGUAAAUAGGGGAAUAUUGAGGUCUGUAUGAGUUUUGUAUCCAAGGAA